UGCUUCACACUGGGAAGCGAUGGUUCAUCAUCUGCCCAGUGGAGGAGACUCCCACCUCCAACCAGGAUGGGACUGCAAACAUGUCUGCCGAUGGGACUACAACUACUCAACAUGAUGGGACUACAACUACUCAACAUGAUGGGACUGCUCAGCCUGAUGGAAGUGCGGUGCCAGGCAAGUCUGCCAAUGGUGGCACUGCAGGGACUGCUUCAGGCAGAGUAUCAGCGUCCUCCUCCAUAGUUAACUCUGUGUCUGGGGGGAGUGGAGGCUUCAACUACGAGGGCUAUGGCCUCUGUAGCCCUCCCAUCCUAUCCUCCACAGACCCUCUCCUCCUGGCUAUGUCCCAUGUCUCAGCUCCCUCUGGCCCCCCAUCUGUCCACCCAGGCCAUCCUCCAGAGGGCCAGGUCCACAGCUCUACCCUGCCCAGGCUGCAUCACACCCAGUCAGCCUUGGCUAUGCCAGCGGCCCCCUCUGAAGGUCCCCGUAGCUCCCUGCCUGGAGAGGAGCACCAGGGGGGAGGGCGUCUUGGUGCCAUCUCCCCCAUCCAUGCCGUCCAGCAGAUGGCGGAGAUGGCAUGUGCUGCCUCCAUGGUGGAGGAGGUGCCCUGCUGCCCACUGGCCAUGCCAAUGUCCCUGGAUGUGAGUGGUGGAGCCCAGGGGAACGCAGCUACUCUCACCCCUCUGCUCUCCCAGGACUCUUCUACCUCCUCGGCCAGAGAGUCCCUCCAACUCUCCUACCCCUCAGUUGCCCGCCCUGACCGCUCCCAGCCGCCUGAGGUGCUCCAGCAGCCCUUCUCCAUGGGUGGAGCAAAGGCCCCCUCGCUGCCCCAGAGCCCUGCCCCCCACCAGCACACGGCAGGGGGGCCCAGUGAGUCGGAUGGGGAGGGGCGAGGGGUGGGGGGCCGAGGGGGCUUUGUGGACAGCACCAUCAAGACUCUGGACGAGAAGCUGAGGAACCUGCUGUACCAGGAGUACGCCCCCAUGUAUCCAUCAGGCAGUGCUGCGGAGACGCCAGGCUCGGGGACGGAGUACAUCCAAUCUCCUCCUGGGCCAGACAGCGCCACCUUGGGUUCAGGAAGCAGCACCCCCCUACCUAUGGGGGAAGGGCGCUACCGGACAGGGGAACAGCUGCCUCAGAUUCCAGAAAGGAUGGACAGUUUGAGCACGUUGAGUGAUUCUGCGGUGUGUGCUCCCAUGUCUAGGAGACAAAACGUACCACACUCUACCUCCUACUCUGGCUCUGGAUCCAGAGGCCAGUUUAAGAUGAUCACAGGCCUUCCUGAGAUGGUGACGCAAGAAGAGCAGAAGCAGAGGAGUUGGAGCAGCGCUGCCUCCCCGGCGCACCCUGCUGGCCAUCUCUCAGACCACCGCAGCGCUGCUUCCCCGGCGCACCCUGCUGGCCAUCUCUCAGACCCCGCAGCGCUGCUUCCCCGGCGCACCCUGCUGGCCAUCUCUCAGACCACCGCAGCGCUGCUUCCCCGGCGCACCCUGCUGGCCAUCUCUCAGACCACCGCUGCGGUGCCCAGGCCGCCUUCACCAUUAUCGGACGUUUCUCAGUGGUCAGCAUCGAGGACGACGUCACCCUGAGGACCUGUGGCAGCCGCUACUCCGCCCCGCCAGACUUCUACCUUGAUACACCCCCCGCCAUGGCCAAACGGGGGUCGUUGCCA